CACUCAUCUAUCUGUAAGAAAUCAAAGCUUAUCUCAAGAUUCUGCUGUCUGUCAACUCUACAAGAAACCCUUUUUGAUCUCAUCUCUUGCUCUUUCUUCUUAGACAGAGUCUAACUGAUUGAUAUAUAUAAAUAUAUACCUUGCAUGCAAGAAAAGGUAUGAGGACUAUGCUGCACAAACAAUCACCUUCAGCCUCUCCUAAUCCAUCACCACACCAUCGCCAUACAUUCUCCGAUACAUUAAUGGACGAAAAAAUCGAGAUUGCACAAGCGCUCAUUUCUAAAUGGGAUGUCUCCCCCAAUUCCUCCAGCCUCUAUUGUAACAUCACCAAUCUCUUCGCAGCAGAUAACCGGUACGAAGCCAAACAGUACCUUAACUCCAUCAAAGACCUCCACGCAGCCAUGCAAUAUUACAUCUCCCAUGAACCCACCUCAGAAAAUCUGGUUCUCGCUCAAGGUCUCAUGCAAAUUGCCAUAAAGAGACUCGAGAGGGAGUUUUACAUCAUCUUGAAGUCCAACAGGCAGCAUCUUGACCCUGAAUCUGUUUCCAGAGCGUCAAGAUCAAGCGUUUCUGAAUUCGAGGAUGAGUCUGAGGACGAGGAGGAAUCGAGGGCCGGAGAAGAUUCCAUAUCUGAAGUAGAGCGCGUUUCCAUGUCUGCCAUGGAAGAUUUGAAGGCGAUUUCAGAGUGCAUGAUUUCUGCUGGUUAUGGAAAAGAAUGUAUCAAGAUGUACAAGAACAUUCGAAAAUCGAUUGUUGAUGAGGCCUUGUAUCAUCUGAACGUUGAUAGCAGGUUGAGUUUCGCACAAAUUCAAAAGAUGGAUUGGGAGGUUCUGGAAGUUAAAAUCAAGACCUGGUUAAAUGCAGUCAAGGUUGCAGUUAAUACUCUGUUUUACGGCGAGAGAAUUCUUUGUGACCAGGUGUUUUCUUCUUCUCCUGCAAUGAGAGAGUCCUGCUUUGCGGAUAUAACAAGAGAAGGUGCCAUGUCUCUCUUUGUUUUCCCUGAAAACGUAGCCAAAUGCAAGAAAGCUCCUGAGAGAAUGUUCCGCACACUCGAUCUCUACGAGGCAAUCGCGGAUCUCUGGCCUGAAAUCGAAUCCAUCUUCGAUUUAGAAUCAACCUCAACCGUCAAAAAACAGGCCAUUAACUCACUAAUCAAGCUCGGGGAGGCAGUCCGCGCAAUUCUAACAGAAUUCGAGUCAGCAAUCUCAAAAGACCACUCAAAAGCAGCAGUCCCAGGUGGUGGCAUUCAUCCCCUGACACGAUACGUAAUGAACUACGUCACUUUCCUCACUGACUACAGUGGCAUACUUGCGGACAUCCUAGCUGACUGGCCUCUACCAGUUCUAUCUUCAUUACCAGAAGCUUACUUCGGUAGCCCCUUCUCCGAUGACGGCACAAUUAACUCAGCAAUAUCAACAAGAUUAGCCUGGCUGAUUCUUGUUAUGCUAUGCAAACUCGAUGGCGGAGCUGCGAAAUACAAAGAUGCGGCUCUCUCGUAUCUAUUCCUCGCAAACAAUCUUCAAUACGUGGUAAAUAAAGUCCAGAAAUCCAACCUAAAAUUUCUUCAUGGUGAUGAAUGGAUAGAGAAGCACGAGGCAAGGGUACAGCAAUAUGUAUCAAAUUAUGAACGCAUGGGCUGGAGCAAAGUGUUUGCUAGACUACCGGAUAUUAAUGAUAAUCAGAUGACAACCCAACAAAUCACUGAGUGUUUUAACAGUUUUAAUUCUUCUUUUGAAGAGGCCUAUAACAAACAAGCUUCGUGGGUUGUUUCCGAUUCCAAAUUGAGAGACCAGAUUAAACUUUCGGUAGCCAGAAAGCUUGUCCCGGCAUACAGGGAAUUUUAUGAGAAGGAUCGGCAAGUGGUGGUAAGGAAGGAAGGGAUUGUCAGAUUUGCCCCGGAUGACUUAGAGAAUUACUUGUCCGAUUUGCUUUUUGGGACUGGAGGUUCAAGCAGUCAUCUUUCGUCAUCUUCCUCACUGUCUUCAAUUUCCUCGUCUCCUAGUCACUCUCGAGGCGGCCGAAGUCAUUGAGCGGCCGCCCAUUCCUAUUCUCAGCCGUUCUGGUCCAAGGGAACCUCUUGAGCUCGUGGUUCUUGUGAACAUAUUUUGUUUUUCAAAGAUGCGUGUAUAGCUUUUUGUCACGUGCGUACGUCACCCUGUUGACCGUUUAUGAGAUUGUAAAGAUACGCUUUGACAGAAAUUAUUAUUUAAUUUAGAUAUUUAUAUAAAA